AUGGGAGAUUUCCGGAAAGCCAUAGAGUACCAUGAACGACAGCUCAAAAUUUCGAAAGAAGUGGGAGACAGGGCAGGACAAGGAAUAGCGUGCGGUAAUCUUGGCAUCGCCUAUCGCAGUCUUGGAGAUUUCCAGAAAGCCAUAGAGUACCAUGAACGACACCUAGAAAUUUCGAAAGAAGUGGGAGACAGGGCAAAAGAAGGAAUAGCGUACGGUAAUCUUGGCAUCGCCUAUCGCAGUCUUGGAGAUUUUCAGAAAGCCAUAGAGUACCAUGAACGACAGCUCAAAAUUUCGAAAGAAGUGGGAGACAGGGCAGGAGAAGGAACAGCGUACGGUAAUCUUGGCAUCGCCUAUCGCAGUCUUGGAGAUUUUCAAAAAGCCAUAGAGUACCAUGAACGAGACCUCAAAAUUUCGAAAGAAGUGGGAGACAGGGCACGAGAAGGAAGAGCGUACAAUAAUCUUGGCAACGCCUAUGACAGUCUUGGAGAUUUUCAGAAAGCCAUAGAGUGCCAUGAACGACACCUCAAAAUUUGGAAAGAAGUGGGAGACAGGGCAAAAGAAGGAAAAGCGUACGGCAAUCUUGGCAACGCCUAUGACAGUCUUGGAGAUUUUCAGAAAGCCAUAGAGUACCAUGAACGACACCUCAAAAUUUGGAAAGAAGUGGGAGACAGGGCAGGAGAAGGAAAAACGUACAGUAAUCUUGGUAUCGCCUAUCACAGGCUUGGAGAUUUCCAGAAAGCCAUAGAGUACCAUGAACGACACCUCAAAAUUUGGAAAGAAGUGGGAGACAGGGUAGGAGAAGGAAGAGCGUACGAUAAUCUUGGCAACGCCUAUUACAGUCUUGGAGAUUUCCAGAAAGCCAUAGAGUACCAUGAACGACACCUCAAAAUUUCGAAAGAAGUGGGAGACAGGGCACGAGAAGGAAUAGCGUACGGUAACCUUGGCAACGCCUAUUACAGUCUUGGAGAUUUCCAGAAAGCCAUAGAGUACCAUGAACGACACCUCAAAAUUUGGAAAGAAGUGGGUGACAGGGCAAAAGAAGGAAUAGCGUACGGUAAUAUUGGCAACGCCUAUGACAGUCUUGGAGAUUUCCAGAAAGCCGAAGAGUACCAUGAGCGACACCUCGGAAUUUCGAAAGAAUUGGGAGACAGGAAACGAGAAGGAGAAUCGUCCUGUAAUCUUGGCAACGCCUAUCACAGUCUUGGAGAUUUUCAGAAAGCUAUAGAGUACCAUGAACGACACCUCAAAAUUUCGAAAGAAGUGGGAGACAGGGCAGGAGAAGGAAAAGCGUACGGUAAUCUUGGCGUCGCCUAUUACAGUCUUGGAGAUUUCCAGAAAGCCAUAGAGUACCAUGAACGACACCUCAACAUUUCGAAAGAAGUGGGAGACAGGGCAGGAGAAGGAAAAGCGUACUGUGGUCUUGGCAUCGCCUAUGACAAUCUUGGAGAUUUCCAGAAAGCCAUAGAAUACCAUAAACGAGACCUCAAAAUUUCGAAAAAAGUGGGAGACAGGGCAGGAGAAGGAGGAGCGUACGGUAAUCUUGGCAACGCCUAUGACAGGGUUGGAGAUUUCCAGAAAGCCAUAGAGUACCAUGAACGACACCUCAAAAUUUCGAAAGAAGUGGGAGACAGGGCAGGAGAAGGAAGAGCGUACGGUAAUCUUGGCAACGCCUAUGACAGGGUUGGAGAUUUCCAGAAAGCCAUAGAGUACCAUGAACGACACCUCAAAAUUUCGAAAGAAGUGGGAGACAGGGCAGGAGAAGGAAGAGCGUACGGUAAUCUUGGCAACGCCUAUCACAGGCUUGGAGAUUUCCAGAAAGCCAUAGAGUACCAUGAACGACACCUCAAAAUUUCGAAAGAAGUGGGAGACAGAGCAGGAGAAGGAAGAGCGUACGGUAGUCUUGGCAACGCAUAUCGCCGUCUUGGAGAUUUCCAGAAAGCCAUAGAGUACCAUGAACGACACCUCAAAAUUUGGAAAGAAGUGGGAGACAGAGCAGGCGAAGGAAAAGCGUACGGUGAUCUUGGCAACGCCUAUCGCAGUCUUGGAGAUUUCCAGAAAGCCGUUCAGUGUUAUAACAACAGCGUUACAGCCUUCGACCACAUUAGGAGAAAUCUCAUAUGUAAAGACGAAUGGAAGAUUACCCUUAAAAGUACGUAUGAUCAUAUUAAUUUGAGGCUGUGGGAGCUGCAUUUUAAGGAAGGUAAAGUCAUUGAUGCACUUUUAACUGCUGAUCAAGGACGUGCACGAGCUUUAAAUGAUCUUCUGGAGUUCAAGUAUGGCCUUAAAGGGUUACGCCCAGAAAUAGGAACACUUUCUGAAAGACCAAGUGACUUUGCUAGUUACUUACCACCAAAUACAGCUUUCAUGGGUAUCAGCGAGGGAGGAGUAGUUCUCUGGGUGAACGAGAAGGGAAAUGAAAUCAAAACUAGAAGAACUGAGAUUGAUAGGUCCGUCACAACCUAUUUUCAGUCUCUAUUGGAGGCUACACAUAAAGAAAUAGGUGUAAGAGCUGACGUUAAUUGUGAAGAUCGCUCAUUAAGUAACCCGAGCGAUAAAAAGUUAGCAGAAAAAAGAUCAAGUAAGCCAAAGUCUCAUCCUUCAUAUUUUGAGACAAAGUCAUUGCAAACAUUUUACAACGUUGUCAUAGACCCUAUAAGAGACUUACUCCAGGGCGAUGAGGUUGUGAUUGUUCCACAAGGACCUCUGUGUUUAGCGCCUUAUGCUGCUUUCAUGGACUUAAAAUCAAAGCACCUCUGCGAAACGUUUAGAAUUCGUCUGCUUCCCUCACUUUCUAGUCUGCGAUUAAUCCAAAAUUGUCCAGCAGAUUGGCACAGCAAGACUGGCGCUCUUCUUGUCGGCGAUCCGUGGGUACAGGAGGUGGUUUAUGAAGGAAAGCCGCUUGAUCAGUUAAUUUGGGCCAAGAGGGAAGUGCAGAUGAUUGGGGAAAUACUUCAAAUUGUACCUCUCGUUGGAAUACAGGCAACAAAAGAUGAAGUUUUAAGACGUAUCUCCUCGGUUGCUUUGGUGCACAUUGCUGCUCACGGUAAAAUGGAAACAGGAGAAAUUGCCUUGGCCCCUAACACAACGCGUUCAUCCGUAAAUCCAGCNAAAACUAGAAGAACUGAGAUUGAUAGGUCCGUCACAACCUAUUUUCAGUCUCUAUUGGAGGCUACACAUAAAGAAAUAGGUGUAAGAGCUGACGUUAAUUGUGAAGAUCGCUCAUUAAGUAACCCGAGCGAUAAAAAGUUAGCAGAAAAAAGAUCAAGUAAGCCAAAGUCUCAUCCUUCAUAUUUUGAGACAAAGUCAUUGCAAACAUUUUACAACGUUGUCAUAGACCCUAUAAGAGACUUACUCCAGGGCGAUGAGGUUGUGAUUGUUCCACAAGGACCUCUGUGUUUAGCGCCUUAUGCUGCUUUCAUGGACUUAAAAUCAAAGCACCUCUGCGAAACGUUUAGAAUUCGUCUGCUUCCCUCACUUUCUAGUCUGCGAUUAAUCCAAAAUUGUCCAGCAGAUUGGCACAGCAAGACUGGCGCUCUUCUUGUCGGCGAUCCGUGGGUACAGGAGGUGGUUUAUGAAGGAAAGCCGCUUGAUCAGUUAAUUUGGGCCAAGAGGGAAGUGCAGAUGAUUGGGGAAAUACUUCAAAUUGUACCUCUCGUUGGAAUACAGGCAACAAAAGAUGAAGUUUUAAGACGUAUCUCCUCGGUUGCUUUGGUGCACAUUGCUGCUCACGGUAAAAUGGAAACAGGAGAAAUUGCCUUGGCCCCUAACACAACGCGUUCAUCCGUAAAUCCAGCUAGGGAGGACUAUCUCUUAACUAUGAAAGAUGUUUUAGAUGCGCAGAUUAAGGCAAGACUUGUUGUACUUAGUUGUUGUCAUAGUGCUCGGGGAGAAGUCAAAUCUGAGGGUGUGGUCGGCAUCGCACGGGCUUUUUUGGGAGCCGGUGCUCGUGCUGUUCUGGUGUCCCUGUGGGCGAUCGACGACGAAGCUACUAUGGAGUUCAUGAAAGUUUUCUACCAGCAACUAGUUCAUGGACGAAGUGCCAGUGAGGCCCUGAAUAAGGCCAUGAAAUCCAUGAGAGAAUCUGACCGCUUUAGCGCAGUGAAGUACUGGGCGCCGUUUGUUCUCAUUGGUGAUGACGUAACGCUCGAGUUUGAAGGCAUCGAUUAA